AUGCAAAAAAACUGGACGCGAAAAGAAAUCAAACGAUCGAACGCGAUUGGCCGGUCGGUUAGAACGUUCGAAUCCGAAAUUCAAAUUGACCAAUGGUGCGGGCUCGCGCAUGCGUUCGGCGACGACGAAUGCUUGACGCAGACUGAGUAUAAAUGGAAAAAUAUUGUCGUCAUGCCGCCAAAGGCAAAAGCUGAUAUUCCGAGAAGUAGCCGGCAAAAGUCUCCACCGCGGCCUUGCCAAUGUCAUCCACAAUAUAACUACAAUAGAUACCCAAAGGACUCUUUUGGAAUUUAUUUACCGCAAAAACAAACAUUUCGGAAGGAUAACAUAACAACAACUCCUGUUCUAUCUAUGGACAAUAUGGGAAAUUCUGUGUCUGGUAUACAAGAAAAUGAAGAAAAUCAGAAUAAACAUCUACCAACCUAG